GAGUAAGGAAGGGAGAGAGCCAGUGACUCGAGCUCCCCUCUCCUCGCGCGGAAUGCAUCAGCUCGUCUCAACGAUCUCUCGCGGCGGCUCGUCACGCAGCUGGAUGCGCACGGCCCGAAUCCACGCGUGACCGUGCGCAUCUCUUCGCGAGCGCUCCUCGGAAGCUUCCGCUCAACUUUUCUCAUCAUCAUCAUCAUCAUCACACCAGUGUGCAAACUUGAACAACUUGAACAACCUCCAUCUCCUGGAGACAAGCUUUGACUCCAGCCUGCACACGAGUUGCACGUCUCGUAGCGGACAUUGCACACUUGACGAGUGGAUAUGCCGGACAGUAAGCGCGGAGGAGGAGGAGGGCGGCUACUGCAGCUGGCUCUGGUGGCCCUGCUGUCCCUCUGCGUCCCGCUCGGAGAGGCCGCGGAGGUUCCGGAGACCGGAGAGGUCAGAACCACCGACUCCAGGACCGGCCGAGCCAAAAGGAGGGGAGGGACGGACGUGCUCAGAGGACCCAACGUGUGCGGGUCUAGGAACAACGCCUACUGCUGCCCGGGCUGGAAGACUCUGACCGGGGGAAACCAGUGCAUUGUUCCCAUAUGUCGCAGUAGCUGCGGAGAUGGUUUCUGUUCCAGACCCAACAUGUGCACCUGCCCCAACGGCCAAAUCGCCACAUCCUGUGGAUCCAAAUCAGUCCAGCACUGUAACAUCCGCUGCCUGAACGGGGGGUCGUGCGCCGAGGACCAAUGCCUCUGUCAGAAAGGCUACGUGGGAAACCACUGCGGUCAACCGGUAUGUGAAAAUGGCUGCCAAAACGGAGGAAGGUGUGUGGCUCCCAACAGAUGCGUGUGUACCUACGGCUUCACCGGGGCACAGUGCGAGCGAGACUAUCGGACGGGUCCUUGCUUCGCUUCAGUGAACAACCAGAUGUGUCAAGGCCAGCUCACCGGUAUUGUGUGCACAAAGACUCUGUGUUGUGCCACAGUGGGACGGGCAUGGGGUCACCCUUGUGAAAUGUGCCCAGCCCAGCCUCACCCAUGCCGGAGAGGCUUCAUACCAAACCACCGCACAGGAGCAUGCCAAGAUGUGGACGAGUGCCAGGCAAUCCCUGGCAUCUGUCAGGGAGGAAACUGCGUCAACACGGUGGGAUCCUUUGAAUGUAAAUGUCCAGCUGGGCACAAAUUCAAUGAGAUCUCACAGAAAUGCGAAGAUCUUGAUGAGUGUUCCAACAUUCCUGGUAUCUGUGGCGUUGGCGAAUGCUCAAACACCGCCGGCAGCUACUUCUGCAAAUGUCCUCAGGGAUACUUCGUCUCAGUGGACGGCUCCAGGUGCAUAGACGCUCGUAGCGGUUUCUGUUUCGCCAGCCUGCUGAACGGGCGCUGCGCCAACCAAAAUUCACAGCCCUUGACAAAAAUGCAAUGCUGCUGCGAUAGCGGGCGGUGCUGGUCCGACGGCUCCGCCCCGGAAAUGUGCCCCACUCGCGGAGCAGAAGAGUACCAGAAACUGUGCGUCCAGUUACCCGAUAUUAUCGGCGGGGGACCUGGACGCGGACCCGGGGGCCCAGAAUUUCCAGGCAUCUACCCAUACGUCCCGGGCCGUACCCCUGGCCAGGGCCCAGGACCGAUUCCGGGCCGGACACCGGGUCAGUACCCGGAUAUUAUCCCGGGUCGAACCCCCGGUCAAGGCCCAUUUCCAGGCGAGUUUCCAGGACAACUACCGAUACAACCUCCGCCAGGUCCAGUCAUCAUCCAAACCCAGAAUAUCACCAACAUUUGCCAGGCCUAUCGCAACCUCUGCCCGAACGGCCGAUGCAUCCCCUUGCCGGGCGUCAAUUACCGCUGCGAGUGCAACAUGGGCUUCACUUUGGACGGGAGGAACGUGUGCAUCGAUGAAGACGAAUGUGAGAGAAGCCCUUGCGUGCACGGGGAGUGCGUGAACACUCCCGGGUCGUACAUGUGUCGAUGUCCUGUGGGAUUCCAGUCCACUGCAACCAAGACUGAGUGCCGAGACCUGGAUGAGUGCGUGGCCAACGGUCGCAUCUGCAACAACGGUCGCUGCGUGAACACAGAAGGCAGCUUCCACUGUGUCUGCAAUGCCGGCUUUGAACUCUCCACCGACGGCAAAAACUGCCAAGACCAAGACGAGUGUCUCAUCCGAAACAUGUGCCUCAAUGGAUUGUGCAUCAAUGAGGACGGCAGCUUCAAAUGCAUCUGCAAACCCGGCUACUUGCUCGAUAGCAGCGGGCGCAUGUGUAUAGACAUUGACGAGUGCGAGACGCCAGGUAUGUGCAUGAAUGGCCACUGCGUCAACACGGAAGGAUCUUUCCGCUGUGAGUGCAUGUCGGGGAUGGCGGUUGGCCUGGAUGGUCGCAUCUGUGUCGACACACACAUGCGCAGCUCGUGCUACGGCGGCUACAAGCGAGGCCAAUGUGUUCGGCCUUUAUUUGGAGCCGUGACCAAAUCCGAGUGCUGCUGUGCCAGCAUUGAGUACGCCUACGGGGAACCUUGCCAACCCUGUCCACCCCAAAACUCUGCCGAGUUCUUGGCUUUGUGCCCAAAUGGCAUCGGCACAACUGGAGAUGGAAGAGAUAUUAACGAGUGCGCCCUUGACCCGGAUCUUUGCCAGAACGGCGUUUGUGAGAACAUGCUGAGAACGUACAAAUGCACCUGCAAUGAAGGCUUUGAGGUCGACCUGACUGGAAAAAACUGUAUCGAUAUCGACGAAUGUAUGAUAAACAGUCAGCUGUGUGAUAACGGCCUGUGCAGAAACACCCCAGGAAGUUUCAGCUGUCAGUGCCCAAAAGGAUUCACGUUAAAUCCUGAAAAAGAUGUCUGCGAAGAUGUGGACGAAUGUGUGUCAAGUCCCUGUGUGAACGCAGACUGCCUGAACAGCAAGGGGUCAUUUGUCUGCUUGUGUUCAACGGGCAGUUUGCUGGACAGCUCUGGGCUCGAGUGUAUUGAGACGACUAAAAGCACUUGCUGGCUGAAAAUGAUCAAUGACCGCUGUGAAGUCAACAUCAACGGGGCUACGCUCAAGUCUCACUGCUGUGCCACGCUUGGAGAGGCCUGGAACAGUCCUUGUUCCAAAUGUGAAAAAGAUCCCAUCUGUGGCAAGGGUCUCGCUAGAGUCCGAGGAAAUGUGUGCGAAGACGUGGACGAGUGUCAAGUUUUUCCCGGAGUGUGCAUCAACGGCAAGUGCGUCAACACACACGGCUCCUUUUUCUGUCAGUGUCCUCCCGGAAUGACCGUCGACAUCAGCGGUAGAACCUGCAUCGACUUGCGCACAGAGCAGUGCUACCUAACACAUGAGGAUGAACGCUGCGGAGCGCCGAUCUCAGGGAAACAUCGUGUGGAUGCUUGCUGUUGCUCAGUGGGAGUGGCCUGGGGCCCAGAGUGCGAUGAAUGCCCGGAGAAAGGGACUCCGGAAUACUCUCAGCUCUGUCCCCGUGGUCCCGGCUUCUCCCACCGUGGUGACUUCAUCAAUGGAAGACCCUUCCUCAAAGAUAUAAACGAAUGCAGGAUGAUAAACACCCUUUGCUCAAAUGGGAAGUGCAGAAACACCAUCGGGAGCUUCCGCUGUCGUUGCGAUAAUGGAUACGCGUUGGAUUCACAUGAGAGGAACUGCACAGACAUUGACGAGUGUCGCAUCUCACCCGACUUGUGUGGGCAGGGCCGGUGUGUCAACACUCCCGGAGACUUUGAGUGCGAGUGUUUCGAAGGAUAUGAGAGCGGCUUUAUGAUGAUGAAAAACUGCAUGGACAUCGAUGAGUGUGAACGCAAUCCGCUGCUGUGCCGGGGAGGCGAGUGCGUCAACAGCGAAGGCAGCUUCCAGUGCGUGUGCCCCGUGGGACACGAAGUUGCUCCCGAUAGCUCGGCCUGCCUAGACAUCAAUGAAUGCGAGUUGAGCGACAGGCUGUGCAGGCACGGCCAAUGUGUCAAUAUGGUUGGACGCUACCAGUGUGCCUGCGACACGGGCUACAAAUCUACCGAGAACAGGCUGGACUGUGUGGACAUUGACGAAUGCACCAUUGAGAACGGAGGGUGCGAAACCUUUUGCACAAAUUCGGAUGGCAGUUAUGAGUGUAGCUGCCAUAGCGGCUACGCGCUGAUGCCCGAUCUGAGAAGCUGCACAGAUAUUGAUGAGUGCGAGGAGAGCCCAGACAUUUGUGACGGCGGCCAGUGCACCAACACGCCGGGGACGUACCAGUGUCUCUGCUUCGAUGGCUUCAUGUCAUCCGAGGACAUGAAGACCUGCCUGGAUGUGGAUGAGUGUGAGCUCAACCCCAACAUCUGUCUGAAUGGGAACUGCGAGAACACCAAGGGAUCCUUCAUCUGUCACUGUGAUCUGGGAUACUCUGUACGCAAAGGAACCACUGGCUGCACGGAUAUCAACGAGUGUGAAAUUGGAGCACACAACUGUGACAGACACGCAACUUGCACUAAUACAGCAGGUAGCUUCAAAUGCCACUGUGCUCCUGGCUGGAUUGGUGACGGCAUCAAAUGCACAGACUUGGAUGAGUGCUCCAAUGGGACUCACAUGUGCAGCAACAACGCCGAAUGUCUCAACACCAUGGGCUCAUAUCGAUGUGCAUGCAAGGAUGGAUUUUCUGGGGACGGCUUCUUCUGCUCAGACAGCGAUGAGUGCGCAGAGAAUGGUAACCUGUGUGAGAGCGGCCACUGUCUCAACAUGCCCGGUGGUUACCGCUGCGAGUGUGACAUGGGCUUCAUCCCCACCGCCGACGGCAAGGCCUGCGAGGACAUAGAUGAAUGUACCUUCGCUGACAUCUGCGUUAAUGGACGGUGCAAGAACAUUCCGGGCCUUUUCAGAUGUGAAUGCAACAUCGGUUAUGAGCUGGACAGGAGUGGGGGGAACUGCACAGAUAUCAAUGAAUGUGCGGAUCCAACCAUUUGCAUUAAUGGAAUUUGUGUUAAUAUCCCUGGAAGCUACCAUUGUAACUGCCCCGAUGACUUUGAGCUUAACCCCACCCGGGUGGGAUGCGUAGACACUCGCUCUGGAAGCUGCUUCCUGGAUGUGCGCCCUCGGGGAGACGCAUCGGAGAACUUGGACUGCUCCAAUGAGAUUGGAGUCGGUGUUUCUAAGGCGUCUUGCUGCUGUUCUCUAGGCCACGCUUGGGGAAAUCCGUGCGAAUUAUGCCCGCCUCUCAACUCAAGCGAGUAUAAGGUCCUGUGUCCAGGUGGCGAAGGCUUCAGACCGAACCCCAUCACGGUCAUUUUGGAAGACAUCAAUGAGUGUCAGGAACUGCCUGGCCUGUGUCAGGGAGGAGAGUGCAUCAACACCUUUGGGAGCUUUCAGUGUGAAUGUCCAAGAGGUUUCACACUCAACCAAGACACGAGAGUCUGCGAAGAUAUCAACGAGUGUGAGCGUCCAGGAAUUUGUGGGCCAGGCAACUGCUACAACACCAUCGGAAACUACACCUGCAUCUGCCCCGUGGACUACAUGCAAGUCAACGGAGGCAACAAUUGCAUGGAUAUGAGGAAGAGCUACUGCUUCAGGAACUUUUAUUCAGACAACAGAACGUGCGACGGAGAGCUAACCUUCAACAUGACCAAAAAGAAGUGCUGCUGCGCCUACAACAUUGGUCGCGCAUGGCAUAAACCCUGUGAGGAGUGUCCAGUGCCCAGCAGCGAUGAGUUCGCCAUCCUGUGCGGCAGCGAGAGACCGGGAUAUUAUAUCGACAUAACCACCGGACGAGUUAUUGAUAUUGACGAGUGCAGGGAAAUCCCAGGCGUGUGUGAGAACGGAGUGUGCAUCAACUUGGUCGGCAGCUUCAGGUGCGAGUGCCCCAUCGGCUUCAUCUACAAUGACAAGCUGCUAAUUUGUGAAGAUAUCGAUGAGUGUCAGAAUGGGCCCGUGUGCCAGCAGAAUGCGGCCUGUUUGAACAUGCCUGGAAGCUACCGCUGCGAGUGCAAAGAUGGGUAUCGACUCACCCCAUCAGGACAAUGCCUAGAUCGUAACGAAUGUGCCGAGAACGCCGCUAUUUGCAAUCCCGGUCAGUGCAUUGACACGCUGGGGAGCUACCGCUGCAUCUGCCCUAACGGAUUUAAAACGACUCGGGACCAGUCAAUGUGUGUCGACACGGACGAAUGCGAGCGACAACCAUGCGGCAACGGGACCUGUAAGAACACGGUGGGCUCGUACAACUGCCUCUGCCACCCCGGGUUCCAAAAUUCACACAACAGUGACUGCAUAGAUAUUGACGAGUGCUCUAGUCAGAGGGGGAUCUGCCGUAACGGACAGUGUGCGAACACUGUGGGCAGCUUUCUCUGUGUGUGUAACGACGGCUAUGAGCUUUCGCCAGACGGGAGAGUGUGUAUAGAUAUAAACGAAUGUGUAGUAAAUCCUGGCACAUGCGGCGUUGGCACGUGUCUGAAUCUGGACGGCUCAUACAGAUGCAUUUGCCCACCCGGAUAUUUUCUCCAUGAGGAAACGUGCGAAGACAUUGAUGAGUGUUCGCAGUCACCCGAGAUCUGCAUGUUUGGAACCUGCUCCAACACAGAGGGAAGCUUCACCUGCUUGUGCCCUGAGGGCUUCCAACUGUCUGCCUCUGGACGCAGAUGUUUAGAUGUACGAAUCAACUACUGCUAUACAAAGUUUGAAAAUGGUCGCUGCCAGGUUCCGAAACCUCAGAAUACUACCAAGGAAGAAUGCUGCUGUACUGGAAUGAUAGGUCAAGGUUGGGGAGAUCCCUGUGAAAUUUGCCCCGGCCAGACAGACGAUGCGUUUUCCCUUCUCUGUAUAAAUAAGGGAUACACACGUGGCCUCGAUGACGUUCCAAAGGAUGUCGACGAAUGCAUCAAUAACCCCUGCACUAACGGCCAGUGCAUCAACACAGACGGUUCAUUCCGCUGCGAAUGUCAGCUGGGCUACAGACUAGACGUCAGAGGAAUUACUUGUGAAGACACUGAUGAGUGCGACGUCGGUAACCCCUGCGGAAACGGCACGUGCACAAAUGUGAUCGGAGGCUUUGAGUGUGCGUGUGAGGAGGGCUUUGAACCGGGUCCAAUGAUGACCUGCGAAGAUAUCAACGAGUGCGCCCAGAAUCCUCUGCUAUGUGCAUUCCGCUGUGUAAAUGUAGUGGGCUCCUAUGAGUGUAAAUGUCCAACAGGAUAUGUACUGCGUGAGGAUAAGAGGAUGUGUAAAGACCAGAACGAGUGCGAAGACGGCCUCGACGAUUGUGCCAGCAGAGGAAUGACCUGCAAGAACCUGAUUGGUACAUUUAUGUGCAUCUGCGCACCUGGAUACACACGCCACCCGGGUGGAGAUGGCUGCAUCGAUCUGAACGAAUGUACAGCCAAACCGGGCAUCUGUAAGAACGGCCGUUGUGAGAACACAGUGGGAAGCUAUCGCUGCAGAUGUGACGAGGGAUUCCUGUCGAACCCCACACAGACGGAAUGUAUCGAUAACCGCGAGGGCUUCUGUUUCACCGAGGUUCUGACUACCCUGUGUCAGCUGACAUCCAGCAACAGAAACAUGGUGACCAAGUCGGAGUGUUGCUGUGAUGGAGGCAGGGGCUGGGGCAACAACUGUGAGCUUUGUCCGCUCCCCGGGACCACCCAGUUCAAGAAAAUGUGUCCUCUGGGAACUGGCUUUACAACUGAUGGAAGAGAUAUCGACGAGUGUCGCGUGAUGGGGAACUUGUGCAAGAACGGCCAGUGUGUCAACUCUCUCGGCUCGUACAACUGCAUCUGCAAAGCCGGCUAUGCCACAGACAUCACUGGCACUCAGUGUGUGGAUGUGGAUGAAUGCAUACAGGCACCCAAGCCUUGUAACUUCAUCUGCAAGAACACAGAGGGUGGAUAUCUUUGUUCCUGCCCCCGUGGAUACCUCCUACAGGAAGAUGGGAAGAGCUGCAGAGACUUGGACGAGUGCUCGACAAAACAGCACAACUGUCAAUUCUUGUGCGUCAACACCAUCGGCGGCUUCACCUGCAAGUGUCCUCCUGGCUUCACCCAGCAUCACACCGCCUGCAUCGACAACAACGAAUGUUCAACAGACCCGAAUCUUUGUGGCGCCAACGGUGUUUGCCAGAACACUCCAGGGAGCUUCAAUUGCGACUGCCAGCGUGGCUUCUCAUUAGACCCCAACGGACAGAGCUGCGAAGACACGGACGAGUGUGACGGCAACCACCGGUGUCAGCACGGCUGUCAGAACUUAGUGGGCGGCUACCGGUGCAGCUGUCCGCAGGGUUACCUGCAGCACUACCAGUGGAACCAGUGCGUGGAUGAGAACGAGUGUCAGAACACUCAAAUCUGCGGGGGAGCGUCGUGCCACAACACUCUGGGGAGCUUCCGCUGCCUCUGCCCCACCGGCUUCAACUACGAACAGGCCUCCGGGGGCUGCUCGGACAUCAACGAGUGCUCCAACACCCAGAACCCGUGCAAGUUCGGGUGCUCCAACACCGACGGCGGCUAUCUGUGCGGUUGUCCCGCCGGAUACUACAGGGCAGGACAAGGGCAUUGCGUGUCCGGGCUGGCUUUGGGUGGCGCUGACCAAAGUGUGGCUCCGGGAGGGGAGGAUGAUGAAAAUUCUCUGUCUCCUGAGGCCUGCUACGAGUGCAAGAUCAACGGCUAUCCCAAGAAGGGGCGCAAUCGACGCAGCACCAAUUCGACGCGGGAUGACGUGCAGACGUCCGACAACGAGAUGAUCAGCCUGGCCAGCGUGGACGUCGAGGACACGCUGCACUUGCACCUGAACCUCAGCGCGCUGAGCAAGCGCGAGCGCCUCCUGGAGUUCACGCCGGCCCUGUCCGCCCUCGCCGACCACGUGCGCUACAGCAUCGACGGCGGCAACGAAGAGGGCCACUUCAAGAUCGACCGGAGGGAGGGCGUCAGCUACCUGCACCUGAGCAAGAAGAAGGUCCCGGCCCCCGGCGCGUACGACCUCCGCAUCAGCAGCGUGCCCCUGUACAGGAAGAAGGAGCUGAACGCGCUGGAGGAUCGGCACGAUAAAGACUACCUCACGGGGCAGCUGGGGGACAUCCUGAAGAUGAGGGUGCAGGUCGUCCUGCAUUAACCAGCGCAAGACUGUGGCGGGCGGAGAGGUUGACGAUCCACAAACGGCGAAACAUCUCGAACUCGGGGGGGGGGGGGGGAGGGGGCGGGGCGUGGGGGUGUUUUCACUUUUGCUUGCCACCAAAGAAACGAGGAGGAGGGCGCAAGCGUUCGAUUGCCAAAGAUGAUUCUACACGCGUCGUAGGUAUUAUUACAAUUGCUGUGGGAAAAAAGUGAUGAGCGACUGAACGCUCGGCUCAGUCAAAAAACGAAGAACAUUCAUGAGAAAUGUGUAAAAAAAAAAAAAAAAAACGGGAUGGGGAAAAAAAAAUACGUGUUUGCAUGUCGUGCGGAAUCGGUGCCGCGUCGAAAGGCAAAAGGACAACGGGAAACUCUGAAGGUUUUUUUUUUCCUCUCUCUCUCUCUCUUUUUCUUCUUCUCAAAUAACUGUGCCCAAGCGGAAGAAGAGGACGUCCCACUAGUCCGAAGUCUUGAGUUCAUUUCCUUCACGGAUGCGACGCGCGAUUCGCGGCGGGAGGUCAAAUUGCGAGCGGAUCGGGCAGGAGAGGAAAGGAAGCCACCGAGGACUUUUGAGACGUCGCGGCAGGCGUCCCGUCGCGUAUUUAAAAUACGCCCGUCCGCUCUUUUUUUUUUUUUUUUUUUCCAACGGAUCGUUCAUAUUUACUGGUGCUAGCGACACGACCACAUAGCUUCAGAAAAAAUGCACUGUGCCACCAUGCGAGUCUCUCACGACGACUCUCGAUUUCACGUCCGCCGGCCGCUUUUCUCUAUAUUUCAUGUAAAUUGUGUUUAUACUGUAAUAAUCAAUGCCACUUUUAAUCUUAUGUUGCCUUUGUAAACUAGAGGAAGCCCCCUGGAUUACGCGGGGGGGGGGGGGGGGUGUAACGGUGCUUAUAAUGACCAACUACUUUCUUUUAUUAUCUGUAUACAUUCACAUACGUGCGCACGGACAUACACACAUCUGAAAUUAACGAUGACAAACCUGGACCUUCCUGAUCAUGCACUGAGGCCUUCGCGGCCACACAUUCUCUCACACGUACAGAUCAGUGCCGCAUCACCAAGGGCCAGCCCGACGCCGGUCUGGGUUCUUGUUCACGUCAGCGGGGGUUUAGUUGUACAUUCACAAUAAAGAAAAACAUUCUUUUGGUGUA